UUAUGGUGCGUAUAAAAUUGUCAAAGAGGAAAAGGACUCUUCUAAUGUUGGACUCUAUUAGGUGUUUGUCUAAUAUCAUGAUAAUAUUCUACAUUAUAAUGUAUAUCAUUAUGGAAAGACAUUAUAGAAAGCAUCUCUUGAGAUCAAGACCUAGAAAUAAUGAUUUUCAGAGAUUUGGAAAUAUGAAUCGCAUGAUAUAUGAGACUGAUAGAAGAUGUGUAGACGAACUCCGCAUGGAUUUACAUACAUUCUCCAAGUUAUGCUCUAUGCUAAGAGCCACUGGUAGACUCCAUGAUACAAGAAAUGUUUCUGUAGAUGAAAUGGUAGCUGUCUUUUUGAAUGUAUUGGCACAUCACAAGAAGAACAGAGUCAUACAAAAUGAUUUUUACCGUUCUGGGGAAACCAUUAGUAGAUAUUUUAAUGCAGUUUUAGGGUCAGUUUUAUGUCUACAAAAUGAGUUGUUACCGGUGCAUGAGAACUCUACAGAUGAGAGGUGGAAAUGGUUUAAGAAUUGUCUUGGAGCGCUAGAUGGGACAUAUAUUAGAUUACAUGUACCAGAAGCUGACAAGCCUAGGUACCGAACUAGGAAGAAUGAGAUUGCUACAAAUGUCUUGGGAGUAUGCUCCCAAGAUAUGCAAUUCAUAUAUGUAUUACCUGGUUGGGAGGGUUCUGCUGCAGAUUCUCGAAUACUUCGUGAUGCAAUUAGUAGAAGACAUGGGUUAAGGGUCCCUCAUGGAUGGAUUUGGGUAUGAACUCAACACCUACUACUGCUGGAAGGAAUAAAAAGGAUAAGCACGUUUGGACCCCUAUUGAAGAUGCAUCUCUAGUUGAGGCUUUAAAUGAAUUAUGUGUUGGUGGCUAUUGGAAGGUUGACAAUGGGUUUAGAUCUGGAUAUUUGGGACAAUUAGAAAAGGCUAUGGAACAGAAGUUACCUGGAUGUGGAUUAAAAGCAGUUCCUCACAUUGAGUCUCGAGUGAAGACAUUGAAGAAACAAACACUAGCCAUCUCUGACAUGCUCACCAACUCAAGUGGUUUUGCAUGGAAUGAUGAAGAAAAAAUGGUGGUAUGCGAGAAACAAGUCUUUGAUGAUUGGGUUAAGGUCCAUAAUUCUGCAAAAGGAUUAAGAAACAAACCAUUUCCUCAUUAUGAUACUCUAGUGGAAGUUUUUGGGAAAGAUCGAGCAAAUGGCAAAGGAGCUGAAGGUCCUGCUGAAGUGAUUGAAGAUCUUACUGAUAAUAGUACUUUUAACUUUGAAGGAGAUGGCCUAGAUGACAUCAAUUUUUCUUCCCCUACUACCCAAACCCCUAUAUGCCCUCCUUCAACUCGUCCCAAUAAACGGGCACGAAAUGACAAUUGGUCGCAAAGUAUGGCAGAUAUGGCUAGUACACUUCGAUCUUUUGUGGAUGUGACCAAGACUCAUUUGGAGACUGUGAAAUGUGUUCUAAUGAGUGAGAAUGCAACAUCAGAGCGAAGAGGCAAAAUUGUUGAUGAGCUUCAGAAAAUUCAAGGUUUGAGUGAUAUGGAUGUCAUUGAUGCUGCUGCUGCAAUUAUCAGUGAUGAUGCAAAAAUUGACCUCUUGUUCACUUUACCAGAUAAUUUAAAGAUACAAUGGGUUAAGAAACUUCUUCACCAGUAUUAGAAAAUGGUUUUCAGUUCUGCAAUUUGAAUGAAUCUCAUGUUAGAAACUAUCUUUUUGAAAUGCUUUAGUGCAAUAUUUGGAAUGUAGGUGAUACAAAGGCUUGUUUUUAGAAUUUUGAUGGUGCUAUAGUUGGUUUUGUUUUUUGAAUCAUGUGAUUGUGGUUUAGUUGCAUAUGGA